AAGGAGAGUGAGUACACAAUUUGUUUGUGCAGCUGCUUUGGUUAUUUUCUCCCAAAUCCUGGUGGACAAUCGUCGUUGCAACAUGCUUUGGCUUCUGAUUCUCAUCUGGUUUGUCCAAGUGGGCAGUGUUCCCAUCGACAAUUCCACAAAUGCUACUACUUCAAAUGCUACUUUCCCUGCCACAGUGGACAAUUCUACAAACCCCAUCAACAAUUCUACAAAUGCGACUUUCUCUGCCACAGGUUCUGCUGCCUCAAUGGGGCCACGUCACAGACAAAAUGAUUGGGUUAAAGCGGCUGAAACCAGAGAAGAGGACUUACAGUUCGACCUUGCUAUUGUGGAAGGAGACAUUAUGAUUUCGGAAGACCGAUUAGCUGUGAAGUCACUUUGGCCGACGAAAGAAGGCGUCACUUCUAUCCCCUACAAGAUCAACGAUGAUCUGGUGGCCAGAAAGAAAACUAUCCUAGCAGCGUUCAAGAUGAUUUCAGACCGGACGUGUAUCCGCUUCCACGAAUACACCAAUGAGAUUAACUACAUAGAGUUCAUCUCUGGGAAAGGCUGUGCGUCAUAUGUAGGUUUUCAGGGCGGGGCCCAGCAUCUGUACUUCGGUAGAGCCUGUAACGAGGGGAACCUGUGUCAUGAGCUGAUGCAUGCCCUGGGCCUGCACCACGAACACACACGGCCGGACCGUGACCAAUACGUCACCAUACAGUGGGACAACGUGGUCACAGGAAAAGCCAAAAACUUUGUGGUGAAGAAAGGAGACACUCAGGACCUGCCCUAUGACUACGAUUCCAUAAUGCACUACGGAACAUAUUACUUCUCAUCAAACCAGAACCCCACCAUUGACUCCAAGAAGAGGGGAGUCCAGAUUGGACAGAGAAAUCACCUGAGCCCCCUGGACACUGAGUGGCGCAGUGGUCUAAGGCACUGC